AUGGGGCCGCGGACUUGUGCCGCCAUGGAAGGUGAGGCCGUCGGCUCGCCUUUCUUCCAGUGGCUCAAGCCGCGGCGCUCCUCGUCGCCAUCGUCGUCGCGGUCGUCGUCUGGCUCGUCGUCGUCGUCGACCUCGAUGGCAGCGUCCGGGAAUCAUGUACUAGCAGCGCUUGGUGAAGAGGGACAAGCAGCCGGUGGAGUUGCGCAGGAAGAAGUGAGCAGCAUGACGUGCCUGCCGCUGCUCAGCAGGCUCGGUGAGGGGAAAGGGGCCGGUGAUCACGAGCAGCAGCAGUGCACCGUCAAAGAAGAGAUCAUGAGAGGCGGCGGUAGCGCGACCAGCGAUUUGGCGCAGUCCGGCGUGGAUUUGAGCAUCGGCUUGCCGGUUGGUGGAUCCUGCAUUGAGGAUGCCAUCAUGGAAGAAAAGGCUGACGAGGAGGAGGAGGAAGACGACGCAGUGGAUCAGGAGGGUGAGGACGAGAGCGAGGAGUGGAAGCAUAUGCAUGGCAGCUGCAAAGCGGAGGGGGUGGAUCAGCAGCAGGAGCAUGACGAGGUGGUGCCGGCGUCGGUGGAAGGAUCAAAGAGCAUCGUCGUCGGCGUGGGGAAAUUCGGCGUGGUGGGUGAGGAGAGCGGCCUGCCGAUCGCCGGCGGCCGGUACUGGAUCCCGACGCCGGCGCAGAUCCUCAUCGGCCCGGUGCAGUUUAUCUGCCAUGUCUGUAACAAGACCUUCAACAGAUACAACAACAUGCAGAUGCACAUGUGGGGCCACGGGCGCGAGUACCGCAAGGGCCCGGAGUCGCUCAAGGGGACGCAGACGCUGGCGCUGCUGAAGCUGCCGUGCUACUGCUGCGCGGCGGGGUGCAAGAACAACGUGGCGCACCCGCGCGCGCGGCCGCUCAAGGACUUCCGCACCCUGCAGACGCACUACAAGCGCAAGCACGGCACCAAGCCCUUCUGCUGCCGCCGCUGCGCCAAGCCCUUCGCCGUCAAGGGCGACUGGCGCACGCACGAGAAGAACUGCGGCAAGCGCUGGUUCUGCGCCUGCGGCUCCGACUUCAAGCACAAGCGAUCCCUCAAUGACCACGUCCGAUCCUUCGGCGCCGACCACGGCCCCGUCGACGAGCCCGCCGCCGCCCCAACAAAGGACCGCACCGUACGUUUCCACAAUCGGUGA